AUGUUUGAUAUGUCAACGGGUAAAAGCAGAACAUCAAGUUCCAUCAGGGUUAUUGCAGCCUAUCGCUAUACUAGAUGGAAAUGGGAUAGAAUUACCAUGGAUUUUGUAACAGGAUUGCCACUCUCACUAAGGAAGAAAGAUGCUAUCUGGGUAAUAGUUGACAAGUUAACUAAAUCAACAUAUUUCUUGCCAAUCAAAAUGGAUUAUACAUUAGAAAAGUAUGCAGAAUUGUACAUUAAUGAAAUUCUGAGACUACAUGGUGUUCCUAUCUCUAUCAUAUUAGACAGAGAUCCAAGAUUCACAUCCAGAUUUUGGAAAAAACUACAAGAAGCUUUAAGGACAAGAUUGAAUUUUAAUACAGCUUUUCAUCAUCAGACAGAUGGCCAGUCAGAGAGAGUAAUUCAAGUUUUGGAAGACAUGCUCAGAAGCUCAGAGUUGGUAAGACAGACUGAGGAGAAAGUGAAGAUUAUCAAAGAAAGAUUGAAAGAUGCAAUAGAUAGGCAAAAAUCCUAUGUAGAUUUGAGAAGAAAAGAUGUAGAAUUUGUUGUUGGGGACAAAGUGUUUUUAAAAGUUUCGCCAUGGAAGAAAGUGCUAAGAUUUGGCAAGAAAGCAGAAACUAUUGAUGUACAAUCUUACCUAACUUAUGAAAAAGAACCAAUGAAAAUUUUGGCAAAGGAAAUGAAAGAGUUAAGAAAUAAGAAGAUUCCUUUAGUGAAACUGUUAUGGAGAAAUCACAAGGUAGAAGAAGCUACAUGGGAGAGUGAAGAAGUUAUGAAACAACAAUAUCCAUAG